GAUUUGUAACAAUGGCCAUGGAAGUUGAGCAGUUGAAGUCUGCAGCGGAAGAUCAGAUGGAAAUGGUGAUGGUGAUGAUGAUGCAGCAGAUGGAAAAGCUCCCUGAAUUCUACGGGGCCUACAACGACGUCGUUGGAUUGCCUCAAGCUGAGCCUGAUCAUGCCGGCAAUAGUCCUUCCAGUGAUAGCAUCAAUGGCAUGCCACAUUUUGUUCAAAACCCAACCGUUGGUUCACCCGGUGCAUUCACAAACCUGCCAACUACACCACCCACUAUUCCAUUCAAUGGUUCAACCCCGGUUCAAGAACGAGGAGGCCCGGGUUUCUCUUUUACCCAAGCAGGUGCAAAUUAUGCGUAUCCCACAUCAUCCGGGGAGAAGAAUUCAGUGGCAGCAAUGAGGGAGGUGAUAUUCCGAAUAGCAGCAAUGCAGCCUAUACAUAUAGACCCUGAAUCGGUCAAGCCGCCGAAGAGGAGGAACGUGAGGAUAUCAAAGGACCCCCAAAGUGUGGCGGCGAGGUACCGGAGGGAGAGGAUAAGGAUACUUCAAAGACUCGUCACCGGAGGAACCAAAAUGGACACUGCUUCCAUGUUAGAUGAGGCCAUUCACUAUGUCAAGUUUCUGAAGACUCAGGUGCAGUCACUGGAGAGAGCUGCCAUUAACAGGUCAACCGGGAUAGGGUUCCCUGUACCAAUGUCAAAUGGGAGUUUUCUUCCAAUGGGAAAGCCAUAUCAGCCUACUCAAAGCCUUCAGGAAUUUGGAGAUGCUUGGCUAAGCAUAAAUUCAGAUUAUUGGCAACGUAAUCCAGGUUGUAUUGCUAUAUCAGAUGGCCUAACUGCUUUAGAUUAA